AAGAGAGUUCAGCAGUCUGUGGCGCCGUGUUCGCAUUUAGUCGUCUUCGCUAUCUUGAACACGUUCGAACUGCGACUGCCUUUUCGCGGCUUUUCCGUAAAUCAAACGUUUCCUCUAAGAAGGUGAUCUGUGUCGGAACCGGAGCUAAGUCUCAGGGACAGUAUCGAUUUCUUCGGAGUUGGUUCUUUAUUCAGGCUCGUUUUGAAUGUGUCGAUAAACACGUUCGCUGUUUCACUGCUGACGGCAGCUGUUUCGAGUAUUGAGAAUGUUCCUUGUUGCGCCGGUCGACAACAAUCGCUGGGCCUACACGAUGCACGGUUUGGAGAAGCCUAUGGAUCACGUGUCUGCCGGAGGCCUGAUGGCGGGUUCUGUGGCUACUUUGGCGAUCCUGUGGGUCUCCUUGCAGACCAUGGGAUUCCUAGGGAAUUCCCAUUCCAUAGGGGCCUAUAAACUUCCGAUGUCCUUGCAGAACUAUCUUGCUAGCUAUACCGGUAUCCUUUCAGGUUUGCCGGUGUCGAACUACCCUUACGAGGGCGUCGUAGACGCGGGCCUUUUCCAAGAUCGACAUUACCCCCACAUCGACAAGGCGGUGUUGAACAACUCGAUCAGUUUCGCGAAAAGCUUGGUCGAUCGUAUGAGCACCCUCGAAAGGAAUAUCGCUACCGCUGGCGUCGAAUUGAUGGUUCACACGCCGGCUGGAAAGCAAUUUCUAGAUUCAUAUCCUUCCGAGGAUGCUUUCGAGAGAGGCCUCGACGCCAUCGUCGCGAUGAAAGCUUCGUCCUAUCUCCUUCAUCAGAGCUGUCGCAGGUUCGGUUUGGAAAAAGACGACUGUGCUCGUUUCAUAUCCAGCCUGUCGCUGCAGGGUACUCCGUUGAGUUCAUCCUGCUCGGCAUCGCAGACGAUGGUCUGCAACCCGAGGGCUAAAUACCGAAGCAUCGACGGCACUUGCAAUAACGUUGAAAAUCCGACCUGGGGUAGUGCGAUGACCGCGUACACCAGAAUUCUCUUCCCCCAAUAUUUCGACGGAAUCCAAGAACCGAGGCGCAUGGGCCGCACCAAAAAACCGCUACCAGGUGCCAGGACCGUAAGCGUGGCUCUGUCGACCCCUAACGAUCUUUCCGAUGUCAGUAGGACGUUGACGGUCAUGCAGUGGGGGCAGUUCAUUGCUAACGACAUGUCUUACACUCCUGUGAGGAAAAUGAUUUCAUCAGGAAAACCGAUAUCCUGCUGCCAACCAGACGGAAGCGCCCUAUCACCUCGUCACGUUCAUCCCGAUUGCUCUGAGAUCACAGUGCCCGAUCAGGACCCCGUCUACGGAGAACAUUAUGUUCGGUGCAUGAAUUACGUGCGAUCGUUGCCUGUCCUCAAGUCGGACUGCACUUUCGGACCCACCGAACAGAUGAACCAAGCUAGCCACUUCUUGGAUGGUUCAGCGAUUUAUGGAUCGAAUUUGAAGAAGUCGCGAGAACUUCGUACGUUCGAGGGUGGUCGCUUAAGAGUUCACAAGGACAACAGCCACGAGUACUUGCCAACAGGUGGUAUGGAGUCCUCUAUCUACUGUGCGGACGGCUGUUAUAAUUCCGGUGAUCAUCGUGUGAAUACCUAUCCCCAGCUGGCUGUGAUACACACCGUCUGGCAUCGCGAACAUAACAGAAUCGCCAACAACCUUGCCGUGUUAAAUCCACACUGGACCGACGAAACGUUAUACCAAGAAGCCAGACGUAUAGUAAUUGCUGAAAUUCAGCAUAUCACUUUCAAGGAAUGGCUGCCCGUAUUAUUGGGCAAGAGAUAUACUCGAGCCAUCGCGCUCAACGAGGGUAGUAACUAUAGUCACCACUAUAAUUCUGCGGAUGAUCCGGCAGUAAGCAACGAAGUAGCGACGGCUGCUCUUAAAUUUAUGACCUCUUUGAUGCAAGGAAAGAUACGUUUGACCGAUAAUGCACGUAUGGUUAAUCAGACUCUGUCGUUGGCGGAGUAUUUCUUUAAGCCGAGUGUUAUCGAGUCGGAUGAAGUUUUUGAUGGCUUACUUCGUGGUAUGGCUACGCAGACCAGCCAGAAAAUGGAUGUCAGUGUAAUUGCAGAGAUUACCAGCAAGCUAUACGCAGGAGAUCCAGACAGCCUAGGUUUAGAUGGUAUCAGUCUGGACAUUCAGCGCGGACGUGAUCACGGAUUACCAGGCUACAAUCAAUAUCGCAAAUACUGUGGCCUUCAGCCUGCGAAGAACUUCGAUGACUUCUUAGAUCACAUUCCAUUGGAGAUGAUAAAGAAGCUGCGCAAUGUUUACGCACACCCCGACGACGUUGAUCUUCUUAUUGGUGGAAUGGCUGAAAGACCAAUGGAGGAUGCACUCUUAGGACCCACAUUCCACUGUUUGAUCUUUGAGCAAUUCGCAAGAACUCAUCGUACCGACAGAUACUUCUAUGAUUCCGUAUAUCAGCCACAUCCUUUCACGCCUGUGCAAUUAGCGGAGAUACGCAAUGCGACAUUGGCGAGAAUAUUCUGUGAUAACGGGAACAACGUCACCAAAAUGCAACCAAAUGUAUUUAUUAGACCACAAUCAGGGAACAAGCUGAGGUCCUGCACCGACUUCGAAGCGAUCCCCAGCGUAGACUUAUUCGCCUGGGCGGAAAGGGCCACAUUGUCGCAUCGAUUUGCCCGAGUCGCAGGACGGGCGUGACAGGGGGUACAGUAAGACGACAAAAUAUUAAAAAUCUCAAGAACGUCGACGAUCGACUCGAAUAGAGCCGACUCCAAAGUAUCGUCGACGUGAUAUUAGCAAUAAACUGAAACGAAGAAUCUGAAGGUUCGCGUAUAAAGAACCGCGUGUAAGCAUGGCACGGACGAAGGGUUUUAAACAAAGGGAGGGCAACACGUGCCCUACGCGACAAGAAACGAGCAAGGUGCAGCCGUAAACUAGUGACUAGUCGAUUAAUUCAGCACGCCACGGGGCUGUGCGAUAAAGGAACAAAAUGGCGGCCGGACACGGGACAAAAUGGUGUAUCGCGAUGGCCGCGGAGUGACAAUUUAAACCCCGUGAAAAGUCGUUUUAGAUGUAGUUUAGGAAUAGCGUGGAGAACUGUCUAUUUACAAUGUUGGCUAGGAGUUUGGAACCACUUGAAGUUUCAUUUCUGUAAUAUUACUUUAAAAGGUAGCAACAAUUAUGUACAGCUUUUUAUGUAUAUUCACAAUAAUUUAUCUUUGCAUUGUUCACAAUAAUUUGUCUUUUCGAACUUUUGUAUUCAUGUUACUCAGAAUAAUCUUUGAUUGCUUCUUUGACAUUGGUUCUAGAGAUAACUUCUAACCUCUAACCUCAAGAUUUUACCAAUGAUUUAGAACUUGUUUGAACCCUGUAUUGUUAUUGUGAUUCUUUAAAAAAGGCCAAAUGAUUUUAUUCAACUAUUUUGAAUCCUGUACUGUCUUAUAAUUCUCUAAAAAUUUCCUUCGGCUACUGAAAAGUGUACAUCAUUUAGGUUUAAGAGUAUUUAGAAUUCAGAAAAUAUAAAAAUAGAAGAAUAACAUUUCUAUCUCUCUGCAGACUUAACCAAAAAGUUUCAUUUCAACAGAGAUUAACAAGUGAUUUCAAACUUUUGGACAGUAGAGCAUGUGAGAAUGAGCGUACCAGAGAAAUUUGAUUCUAGAUUACGCUAAUCCUUUAAUGUUACGCUUAGAAUAUGUUUUUGUUCAGAGCGUUCAUGAGAUCAUGCUGCCUGGAGAAAAUCCACAUAUUGAUUCAUUUGUUUGUUUCUCUUUAAUUAUUCAGUGAGUUAAAGUGCAACUUCUUUACUUUUUAUUUUCUUUUUAUUUUGAGUUCAAGCUCGUGGCAAUGUACGAGAUGGACAUUGAUACUGCCACUAAAAAGAGAUUUGAAGGAGUCAGAUUGGAUUUUUCUUUUUGAAAAUAUAUGUUUAAGGCACAUGAUAUUUUGGAUGCUCCGUGAAAUGUACCUAUGAAGCGUGUGAAUGAGAAUCCAUGUUUAAAUCAUUAAUCCAUUAGGGUUUUUGUUUUUUUCACUUUGUGACAUUGACAGCGAUACAAUCAUGGAAAAUAUGCUUUUCUUCAGUAACUAGUGACUGUGCUAACGCAUCAACAUUGAUCUUUGAAAUCAACAUUGAUCUUAAUUUGUUGAUCACUUUGAAUUUUUGG